AUGUCGAACCUAUCAGUGGGACAGAUGAUCAUGGAUGCGCAGCGCAUGGCUAGUCGCGUCAAAGACUUGGAUGCACUGGGAACAGCGCUGCUCGAAGAGGCGGAGACCAACAAUCGUCUGGUGGAGAGUUUGCGACAAUACCAGGACGACAUCGAGAGUCUCAAUCGCAUCUCGAACAACAAAACGAAUGUGGACAUGGUGAACCGCAUACAACAGCAGAAUGUGAACAGCUCCGAGAUACUGAAAGAGAAUCGCGAACUUAAGAUCUGCAUUGAGGAUUACGAGCGCGCCAUGGAGCUGAUGAUGCAAAAGUAUCGCGAGCACACAGUCACCAAGGUGCUGGACAGCAAAUUCAAUUUCAAAGAGCUGUACAACGAACGCCUGUGGCAAGUGAUACGUGAUCAGCGUGACAAAAUCAACGAAAUGGCUGCCGUCAUGCAUCGGGCGGCGACGGCAGACGAUGAGAAUGUGCAGCGGGAACUGCAGACAAUCUCACAGCUGCGCAUGGAGAAUGAAACAUUGCGUGAACUGCUCGAUAUCUCAAAACAUUAUGGCUCAGCGCAGCGGCCAAUUCGCGAAGGCGAUCAUCUGUCGGAGGAGAAGGCGGUGCAAACGGACAGCCAGGCUGGGAUGGCGGACGAUUUGUCGGCCGAUGAGCUGUCUAUAUCGGGUGCCUCGGUGGAGAACAUGAACAACAAUUCAGUCAUACAGAUGUACAGCAGCCCAGAUCCGCCAGUUGACAGCAAUAAUAGUAGUUCAGUUAACACUGCCACAGUCACAGUUGCCGGAGACGUUGUUGUGGAAACUGUGGAAAAUAAUGCACACGCCAAUGAGAAUAAUAAUGGACCUGCUGCUCAAAGCACGCCAGAGAGUGAGAGCAGGAAAGCUGCCGUUGCAGCGACGACGCCAAACGAACAACAACACGAGGAAGACCAGGAUGUCACGAUGCCGAUUGCGGCUGAAAGCGCGACAUGAUAAACAAUUAUCAGAGUUGCACUACCAUAGCGGUUAUCGUCAUCGUCACUCAAUCAUCGUUAAUUUGUAAUCGCUUUCGAAGCUUUCGUCUUAUUAACAACAAACAAACAAACAAAAACAGCAUACACCCCAUUAAUACAUACAUACAUACACACCACUCCCACUUAGCGCACACAUACAAUACAAUACAUACUUAUGGUUACUCUGCAUUAGAGCAUUCAUAGAGCAACUAAUAAUCUCAUAAGUAAUUUAUACAUACUGAAUAAUGUCUAAACAUUCAUUCAUCUAAAUCUAAUACACAUUCACACACAUACACACGCACACAUUUUGUAAUCCAUGUUGUAUCCUGUCGACAUUAUGAUUUCUUAAUAAAUUCCAUAUAAUGAACUGAGCUGGCAUUUUAAUUACCAAAAUGUGGAUGUUGUGGAUCGCAUGUAAUCUUGGCUUUAAACCUUAGUGUAUCUCUUUCUACGAGUUCGGGAGAUGAGCCAAGCGUAAAGGCUUUUUUUGCAUUCCAGGGUAUGAAUGAUUUUCGCAUCUUUUCCGGACGUUAAAAAAAAAGAGAGAGCAAGAGAGCAAAGGGAGAAAGAGCGUAAAUCAGCCACUUGCAGUCCUCAAUCUGCGGCUGGCUAGUUUGAGCUUUUUCAAAAUAUUUAAAUUUAGUUUCUCGUCGAUUUUCAAAACGUUCACAGCGUUCACGAAACGCAAAGAUAAAAAGAAAUUUGCUUGCCUGUGCAAUUGGUGCGAAAGAGAUGUAGCGAUUUGUAUAAGUAUAUUUCGAGUGCUCGAGCGACGAUCGUUGUUAUAUCAAAAGAAAUCCCAAAUUAUAUAUGUAUUUGCAUGUCUAUGUGUGCGUAUGUGCGUCAAGUGAAAAAUCCAAUUGGAAGAAUAAUUCAAUCGAUUUUUUGUCUGUUUUGUAAUUUGGAAAAGUAAACACAAAUAUAUAUUUUGUAAUCUGUGCGGGACAAAAAAAACUGAAGAUAAGUCGAAAAAUUGCAUUUCAUGUGGAAAAUAUAUGAAAAGUGCGCUGCCAUUCAAGAAAAUUGUGUUCUAUUUUUAAAACACAGCUAAUUUUUCAGCCGUAAAAUUGAAUAAAGUGAAUAAAUUCCAAAAAUCGACAAAACGUGAAUAGAAAAUUUCACAAAAUGAAAAACACAAUUUAAAUAGGUGCAAACUAUUAAAAUUCAAAGUGAAUGGAAUUAAAGGUGAAAUUCAUAUGAAUCUAACAUUGAUUGGAUAUCUGUGUAUGUGAGUGUGUGUGCGUGUGUGAUUCAAAGGGAACCAAUAGAAGAGUUUAUUUGCGGUUACGCAAUUAAUCGCACUGCGAUUGCGAUAAAUGCGGUAAAUUUAUCGCUUAACUUGCAGCAGCAGUGCAGCAGUAGAUGCAGCAGCUGUGCCGUGGCCCCAUUCCUAAUUGCCCAGCUUCAAAUUCAUCUAAAUGCAGCAUCAUCAUUUUGU